GGGAAGGGCGGGUAAAUAGGAUCGAUCGCAAUUCAUGCUUGUGUCUGAAGCCAGUGACUGCACUGUCAUUUUCACCACCCUGGCUUUCAUCUCUCUCUCCGGUAACAAGAACCGUCGGAAAAGAAAAUACAGGCCCAUGGAGAGUGAGGCGUGGAAGGCACACGUGGCUAUGGUCUGCGUGCAAUUGUUCAACGGAGGUUAUCACGUGAUAACCAAAGUAGCUCUCAACGUCGGCGUAAACCAACUGGUCUUCUGCGUCUUUCGUGAUCUCAUUGCUCUCUCUAUUCUCGCUCCUCUUGCUUAUAUCCGUGACAAGAAGACAAGACCUCCUUUGAACCGACGCUUUCUCUUAGCUUUCUUCUUCCUCGGCUUAACUGGGAUAUUUGGGAAUCAGCUCUUGUUCCUGGUCGGUCUCAAUUACACCAAUCCCACUUAUGCUGCAGCCAUUCAGCCCUCUAUUCCCGUUUUUACUUUCAUCUUGGCUCUCAUUAUGGGAACAGAGAGAUUGAAUUUAUUCAAACUAGAAGGUCAAGCUAAGGUAGGAGGUACGCUGGUCUGUGUCGCUGGGGCCGUGUUGAUGGUUUUGUUUCGCGGACCGGCUUUGUUUGGGGAAACAGAGGUUGAGUUCUUGGGUCAUGGUGAAAUAAGACACCCUGAAGCAUCUGGAUCUGGACACUUGGUGUCUAGCUUUCUCAGUGGAAUUGGGAGAUGGAAUCUGGGAGUUUUGUGUUUGAUUGGGAACUGCACUUGCAUGGCUGCUUUUCUUGCUAUUCAGGCUCCAGUCCUAAAGAAGUAUCCGGCAAAUCUUUCAGUGACAGCAUACUCGUAUUUCUUUGGGACCAUGUUCAUGGUGACAUCAGCUUUUUUCAUGACCAAUGAGUCAACCAACUGGAGUCUCACACGAUCCGAAUUCUUUGCAGUUGUCUACGCAGGAGUAAUUGCAUCUGCCCUUAACUAUGGUCUCUUGACGUGGUCAAAUAAGAUUUUGGGUCCUUCCUUGGUUGCUCUUUAUAACCCCCUUCAACCUGCAGCCUCAGCCUUCUUGUCCAGAAUCUUCCUAGGAAGCCCUAUCUACUUGGGGAGCAUUUUAGGCGGAUGUGCAAUCAUCGCAGGUCUUUACAGUGUCACUUGGGCGUCUUACAAGGAAAAGAAAGCUGCAGCAACUGGUAACAUCCCGAUCACCUCAAAGGAAGCUGAACCCUUGAUCUACAAAGACCAUAAGAACAAACCAAUGGGACAUCUAUUCACCAACAUUCCCAUCUCUUCACCAAAAUCUGCUGAUUGAAUCAAAAGCCCGGCUUCUUGAAAUAGCUUGAGCGUGCUGUGAUGUUUUAUUGAUCUCCUUUUGAGGCACUAGUGACUAUUAUACUUUUCAAACAGUAUAUAUCUAUGUAUGCGUGUGUGUGUGUGUGUAAACACAUCAACAUUUACAUGCCUUAAGCACAACAGAGUCUUGACUAUCA